CUGUACUGUUUUUUCCGGAAGAGAUUAAUCGCAUAUCAACAAAAUCCACCACAAGAAAUCUUCAUGACCAACCUUCCUCCAAUAAACAAUGAACCGUCACUGGACUAUUAA